AUGAAAUCCUGCGGCAUUAUCGUACUGAACUCGGCUGGUGGUGGUACACCGUUGUAGCUAGGGCUGCUCAAGUUUAUCAAGAAUUAUCGGUUUACCCUAAACAGGUGGAAUUAAUUCGUAAAACGCGGAUAAGCGGUUAAUAAAAUGCGGAUUAUCAAUACAUUAGCCAUAAUUAUUUCAUUGAGUGCGUCAACCAGGCAUGGAAGUUGUACGCCAACACGAAUAAUACUCGACGGUAACGCGAGGGAUCUUCCAGCUUCGGCGUUGACGGCGUGGGACCCUUGGGACACUUAUGGAGGACUAUUUUCACCACGUACUCCUCAGUUUGACAUGUACCGGCCUACGAUUGGUCACCUGAGAAACUUCGGUAACUAUGCAAUGGGGAAAAACGGUAUCAACAGAUUGCGGGUUGAAUUCAGCAAUCCACUUCGGCUGACCCCUAUGUCUGAGACAAGAUGUGAGAAUCUCGACGAGGUAAAGAAACGAAGUGUCUGGAUGCCCUUCGGACUCGGCACAGGAGUUAGAUGUCAUCGGACAGCUCGAGAAUGGAUGCUUCAAGAGCCCUUGUAUGUGAAGGAACCUGGAUGGAUUCCUCUAGACGUCAAGGGAGAUGGUAAUGAAGACACAGGUCUCAAUGAAGAAGAUCCUUUCAUACUGGCCAGGGGCAAGCGGUCAGCAGAGAUGAUUCGAACUGAUUUACCCAGCGUACCACUGGCCAAUUCUUCGAGAGAGAAACGUGAGGUUCGUCGAAGUGACGCUGUAAACAUCAAUGACGAGAAUGAUGAAAGUAUCAAGAGCUUCUACAGAGGAUUGGAAAAGUAUCUGGCUGCUCGCAGCAGAUAUCUCCAGCCUCGAGACAAGCACUCAGACAUUAUGGAUAUCUUGAAUGAGCCGUUCUUCAUAUCACGUGGGAAAAAGUUCAAAGUCAAGAAGAAUGAUUUUCAGGGAAUCACAAAUUUAGAAUUUCAUGGAGAAAAUUCACCCGAUAAGCAUCGCCCCAUUCGAGAUCGUAGAGGAGAGAUCGUGGAGCAGUUGCUCAAGGACCAGGAUCCGUUCUACAUUGCCAGGGGAAAGAAGUCAACGAGUGAUAUAUCCGGACUUCUCCAGAAUUGGAAGAAGUGAAUCAACGUGGAGCGAUGAAGACAUUUUCCAAUCCUGUGAUCAUGUGAAACAAGAAGUCAGAACUGAAAUUUUUAAUGGAAAAUUCUGUUGUCCCAGGGCUCAUGAGAACUCCUUGUUUCGCGUGAUAACGGGAAUUGAAGGAAUGAUAUCCAAUAUAUAUUUAAUCAAAGUGAUGGCAAGUGUGCUUUGUGUCAUUGAAAUAUUUUAUUAUUUUCAUGUUUCUUGUCAUUCAGACGGAAUAAUAUAUGUCAUGUUGAUCAAUCAUUCGUUCCGGUGAUUUUGAUUUUUUUACGCCAACGACCGUGUGAUGCUGUGGGAGAAGAGGGCACGCGAAAUUAUCAUAAAAAUUGAGAGAAGAAAAACAUCCAAUAGUCAGUGAAAGUUCGAGGGAGCGAGAAAAAAAAAUCAAGCUGAAGGAGUCAGUGGAAUGUACGAAAACAAUUGUGUGGAAUUAAUUCGUAAAUUUCUACCCCAUCUACUCUAAUUUUUUCGUAUCUGGCAUUCAACGUCGGACAAUUUUACUUUACUUAUUUCAAUAUCCCUACGCUCGAACAGCGGAGUGAGAUUAAAAAUUAGAUUUCAUGUUGUUCAGUUGUUGUUGGUUAUUUUUUCAUUUUCUCUUAAAAAAAAAUAUGGGUGAAAAUGAAGGGAGUAGUCAGCAGUCGCGUGAUGUUAUUUAUGAUGCAAAUGUGCGAUAGUUUGUCAGAAAGAUGAUGAAAAGAAACGACCUACUGCUUUUGCACACAUGGUACCCCAAUCUCACAUUAAAUAUCAAAAUAAAUGGUCAUG